GGGGAGUUUUUUGACAAUUUGAAUUGAAAGUGUAAGAGAAAGGAUGCUUGUAUUUUGUGAUGAUAAUUAAAAUUAUGAAAUUAGAGCAAUUGUUAAUAGUAAAGACGAAUUAAAUUUUCAAGAUCAAUAAAUACAUUAACAAUGAAAUUUAUAUUUAAGUAUCCUGUCUGUUUCAAUGAAAUAUAAUUUGUGUUAAAGUCCCCGAGAAUUUUUCAUAUUAUUUUUGCGAAAUGAGCAAACUGAUUGACUACUUUGUAAUAUGUGGACUUGACUAUAAUUCUGGACUAGAAUCAGACAAAUACGCAGAGGAUAAUCUACAUGUCUCUCCAUUGGAACGAUCAUACAAAGGAAAAGUUUUGGCACACUAUCCCAACAAUGUUUCAUCAAAUCCUUUUGAUGAAUCAGCUGUUUGUAUGUUUUCUUUGCCAGCUGGACUCAAAUUUCGUACUCAAAAGCAUUCAGUAACUCAAGCUCCAAAUUUUCAUUCCUAUGUUAUAACAAGAGAAGAUGGGAAAAGAUAUUAUGGAUUCAGUCUAAUAUUUUAUGAAGAAGUACAAAAUCGAGAUAUCAGAGAAGCAAUGCAUACAUUGCAGGCUAUGUAUAUCACUGAAUUGUCAAGUGGACUAAAAGAACAUACUAUGCAAACACCUCAAAGUAAAGUACCACAGUCAAAAUCUUUACCUAGAUAUUUUAAACUGAGUCAUAAUCCGAGUGGUGCAGCUUUAACCUAUUAUGAUAUCUGUAAAGACAAGUUGUAUGUGUCAAAAAGUAUUGGUAUAAUCAGUCAGUGUGGCUAUGUUUAUGCCAUGAGGGUAUUUUUGGAAAAUUUAUAUAGGUGUGUUCCUAAACAUUCUAAUAUGACAAAUAGUCUCAGUUUGGAAAGUUAUGUAUUCAAUUUGUUAUAUGAAGUUCAGUUACCAGCGCCUGGUAAAAGUUUGUUGGUUCACUUGCCACCUGCAGAUCCUCAUUUACCUCUAUCAAAUGUCAUAAUACAAAAUACUCUACCCCCGUAUGAACUUCCCCAUCAUGAUUAUCCUUUAAGACUGAUGUUUUUAUGGCUAGGAGUUGAUAUUAUUGUGCAGCUGUUCACUUGUCUCUUACUAGAGUACCAGGUUCUAUUACGGAGUACAGAUCCUCAAAAAUUGAUGGUUGUUGCUGAAAGCGUUAUGUCUUUGUUAUUUCCAUUUAAUUGGCCUCAUGUGUAUGUGCCAAUAAUGCCUGCAUCAUUGCAUCACUUUUUGGACGCUCCUGUCCCUUAUUUGAUGGGACUCUAUGCAACAUCAGAAAAUAUAAAGGUGGCCUCAGAAGCUAAUCUAUGUUAUGUAGAUAUAGAUAAAUGUAAAGUACAAUUACCAGAAGAGAUGGCAGCUUUUCCACAUUUAGAACCUUUUACUGCUGAAAUUUUAUCCGUUUUGGACAAAUAUAGUGUUCACAUUCCUAACACUGAAUAUACUAGGAAUACUCAGGACAUUAUUUCGAGAAGUAGCACAUUACCAAGCCGACCGCACAAUCUAAGAAAAUUGUCUAUACAUGAUACUCUCGAAACUGAACGACCACCCUCUCCCCCUGGAUCUGCUAGGUCAGAAGCUCUUCAACGAAUUGCCGAUAUUGUGCGGAGAACGGGAGUGACUUUAGAACCCAAAGCAAAUCAUCCUUCAGAUUCCUAUAGUGAAGAUCUCAAAUUUAAUAAUGCCAUAAGAGAGAUAUUUUUGAAUAGAUUCGUGCAUAUAUUUCAAUCAUAUGAAAAUUUUGUGAUAUUUCCCAAUCAGGACAAAGAAGACUGGUUUAACAAUAGAGAUUCGAUGCAAAAUUUUGAUAAAGCUUCGUUUUUAUCUGAUCAGCCUGAACAAGAUCGAAUGUUUUUGUGGAGAUUUCUAGAGUCUCAGAUGUUUGCUACUUUAAUUGAUAACAAAAUAUUGUCAAUAUGGGGUGAAUGUGACAGUAAUCUAUUGAUAUUCGAUAAUAGAAUAAAAUUAUUAAAAAAUAGGUACGAUCGAGAGAAUCAUAUGCGAUCUUUAUGUUAUGAGCCAUGCAUCAGUGUUCAUGAUACUCAGAAGCUGAUUGAUAGAAGAUUGGCAUGUCCCGAUUUUGAAUCUCCAUUACCAAGAGAAAUUAUGAAUUGCAGGGUUAUUAAUGGUCGACAAUUUCCUAUUUUAGAUAAGGAUAUAUUGAAUAAAACACCAGUACUCAAUAAGGGAAGCAUUCCAAGAGCUGGUACUUUUAAAACAGGAUUGAGUUUUUCAAAACCACCUGAAGGGCCUAAUGAAAGACAUUCAAAAAGUUCCAACAGUCAGGAUAUGUCACCAGCUGUUAUAGCACAUAAAAAUUGGAGUUUUGUUGAUAAGCUUCUAAAAGACUGUAAAGUGAAAACAAAAAGAAUGUUACUUGCCAAAUUAGGGUCUGAAGGAGUGACCUUAUCUAGUAGUAAUGUGACAGACAGUUUCGGAGCCAUUGAAGAAACCACUUUAAUAACAUCGUUAUGCGACUUUCUCGAAAGAGUGUGGUCCCAUGGCCUACAAAAAAAGAGGAAUAAAUCGGCGCUAUGGUCUCAUUUACUUGCCUAUCAAGAAAAAUAUCAAUAUAUACCUAAAAAAGAUAAUGGCGAAUUUGAGUUGACUACUAAUUUAGAAAAUUGGACAGGGCAAUUCGAAGAUUCCAAAUUAAGAUCAGAAUUACCCGAGUUGCCAUCUUCUAUAUUGUUCGACAUAGGGAAUAUUCAAUCCAUGACAGACGUUAAGACAGCUAUAGGAAUGGCCCGUGUAUGGGUACGACUAGCAUUAGAGAAGAAACAACUGUCAAAACAUUUACGCACAUUGCUUUCCGAUCAGACACUACUUAGAGCACUUUACAAACGACAAGCAUUUGUACGUUCUGAAGAAGAACGUGAACAAUUUCUUUAUCAUUUGCUCUCUUUAAAUGCCGUUGAUUACUUCUGUUUCACAUGCACCUAUGUAACAACUGUGAUACCAUACCGUAUUGUAAUAGUACCAAAUAAAAAAGGAGCAACAUCUUCAGCAAAUGUCUGGAUGGUUCUGUCUGGUACACUAUCAGAAACAACUCGUAUAGUAAUUCCUAGAGCUACACUAAACUUUAAAAUCAAACACAAAAAUUUGGGAGUUCUUACAACAUUUAGAAUUGGACAUGAUAAUUCUGGGUUAUAUGCUAAAUGGAUGAUUGAUUACAUUAUUGUUAGGAAUGAUAUUUCUGGGCACACAUACAAGUUUCCAUGUGGUCGUUGGUUGGGAAGAGGAGUAGAUGAUGGUUCAACAGAAAGGCUAUUGGUUGGUAGUUUGAUGUCCAAAAAAGAAGAACUUGAAGAUAUAACAGUAAAAUCCAGUAUGGGUAGCUUAGGGCGUUCCACACCUAGAUCAAGAUCACCUGCGAUUGCUCCAAGGACAGAAAUGAAAUCGUCACAAAUUCAGCAUAUGUUAGGUGAUUGUGUUAAUAAAAUAAUAAAAUGGCACCACAGAAGAACAUCAGAACGUCAUACAACCUUGACAGCACUAAUUUGUAGUGAUAAUGGGCUAGUUUCAUGUUUAGAAAAGGUUUUCUUGUUAGGUUUCAAAUCUGCAAGGCUUUUUAUGGGAAAACAUUAUUUAUGGGACUAUUUUGUGAGAGUCAAAGAACAAUUUGAAUUAGAAUUAUUACAAGAAGUAUCAGGUAAUCGAACGCACAGUCUAGAAAAAAAUCACCAAGAAACAGUUGCAGUUUGGAGAUGCUACUGUCAUUUAAUUGAAGAAAUUAACCAAACCAGUAAAACUUUGGGGAAGGAUGGUAAAUUUCAACAGUUUAUUUGUCUUAGUGUUAGAGAACAUCUACUACAUAGAAUGUUAAUACCAAUGUCAAAGUGUAAAGUCACAUCAGAGAUGUAUGAAGAAAACUCAUUUCUACGAAAGAAAGGUCUACUAACUUUUCUCUGGCAAAUUCUAUUACCAUUAGAUGAUUUGGAUGUAGUUCUUGAAAAAACUGUGUCUGAUGGAAUUUCUUCGCCGUUGUCUCAUAUAUAAAAUAGUUUAUAACCAUGAUAUUAAGUUACAAACAACAACAUGUAACAUUUACACUGAAAAUAAUAAAAUGGCAUUAGAACGCUUACGAAAUUUACGAUUUACUUGAAUCCUAGGAGGUUGGAGCUGUAAUGUCGAUGAAUUUCAAAUUUCAAACGCAUUUCAACCCACGAACCUAGAUUAUUUUUCAUAGUUAUGAGCUUUUAACUGUUACAUCAAGUUGAAGUUUUCACCUACGGCAGUCCUUUAUUAAAUUAUUCAUGAUUGCGUUGAAAUUUAUAAAUUUUACUCAAAUUGUUUAGGUCUUUAUUAUCAUUGACAUCUUUCUCAUUCCUAUGCAUGUGAACUAUUUUUAGCAGUUCUCUCUUUUAUUAAUUGGACUCUAUUUUAAUAAUUUCCGAUUUUUUGUAAUUAAAUGUAUGCUUUUGUUCUGAUAUUUCUUAGUUUGUUGAUGCGGUCUUAUUUUUUUAUCAUAUUGAUGAAUUCGUAAUCUAUUUUGUAAAUAUUGAGAUCUCUGUCCUAUGUAAACAGCAUGUCAAUUAUUUAUUUUUUUGGUGAUUUAUAUUUAAGUAUAGUGAAAUAUUCUAAUAUAAUUAUUUAUUAAAAUGAUUUAUUACGAAUUAUAAAAGACCUAAAAUCACUACUAUUUCAACUCUAUGAAAUACAAAUUAUAAAGAGGAAAUUUAAUCAACUGAUUUGACUCGAGCUUUUCAUUUCUUUUCUAUUUUCUCUUUUUGAUAAUCUUCAGCUGUUGUGUUUUUAAAAUGAGAUUCAUAUUUUUAUUUAAAACUGUUCAAGGUGAGGCUAUAUGUUUAUUAUUUUUUUCUUGAUUUGUAUUCGUUUAUAAUAUUGGUUUUGUAAUUAUACAUUAUUUAAUGAUAAUUGGAUAUGAAGGAUAUUAAUAAUCUUUUGAACACUUUUUAAUUACUUUGGCUGAUAUUCAGGUGAAUUAAAUUUUAUAUUUGUUAUUGUAUAAUUGUAUAGGUGGGUUCAAAAACUGUACUUGUCUAAAAUCAUAGUUUUGAACAAAUUAAUAGAAACUUUGUAACAUUGAUCUCGCUGACAUAGACUAUUGGCAUGCAAAGUUUUAAUAAUCGUUGUUAGGAAUGUAUUUUCAUUGGUAGUUUUUUAUGAAAUAAAUUUGAUUAGAACUGACAAAUAAAAAAGGUGAUGGCUUGUACGGUUUUAGAACUUGACUUUGUUUAUUAAACGUGUUUGAUUUUUGAUAUUUUUAUUCAAAUAGCGGAAAAUACAACAUCAAAAUUGAUAUCAUCUCAAUAAUCAAAUAAUCGUUUUCAGCAGUGAUGAAAGAAUUCAUUCUUUUUAAUGUACCUUGAGGAAUUUAACAGUAUAGAAAUUUAAACCUGUUUAUUUUUGGGUGAACAUUGGAAAUAAACUAGUUCAUUCACUAAACAAAUCAAAUAUACUAUAUUUGUACAUAAUAGAAUAACUAAUGUAAUUAUUCGCGGCAAUAAACAAAUUAUAUCAUAGAAUUAUAGUCUAAAUUGGAGCACAACAACAGCUGAUCGGUGAAAAAAGAUACGGUGUACACAUAAAAGGUAUUUAUACAAUAGUUAUAUUGUAUAAAUUUGUAUAAUAUAAUAAAUUGUAUAUUUUAUAAGUUUUAAAAUGCUCUACUGCUGCUUUUGAGUGAGGUGUUUAACUACAGGAACCAAACAGCAGUCCUUGCUAGUGUUGUCUUCAGUUCGGAUUAGAGGCUCCAAGAGGUUGGUACGCCGCUCUGAAGAAACGCAAGAACUACCAAACUAGUUUUACAACACUCUCCUUACCACUUCGAUCUAUUAGGGACACAAAGGUUAAUGAACAUCACCUUCUUCAGAGGAGAUGUAAUUCAAUAUUCGUCUUGGUAUUAGCCAGGAAAGUAGUUGUUUUCUCCUUUAAAAAACUGCAAACAAAAAUUUCGAAUUAUUGAAAUUCGAUAAAAGGGAUAAAAUAAUAUCAUCUACAUACUUUUUAAUUAUUUAAAAACAUGUGUACUAACCUACUACAGAUAAUUUAACUGUUGUUGUUCUCUUAUUCCUGGCGUAUGCGUAUUUUUCCUAUAUUCUUGAUAUUAUUCUAUUAAAAAUUGGAAAGAAUGUUCUUCUUUCGACAUACAUGAAAAUUUACUGUUUUACACUAAAAUCGAUUUAAUCAAACAGAUGAAAAUAUUAGUCUUUGAAAUUUCUAAUCUUUUUUAUGAGAACUCAUACUAUCUUACUUAUUCACACACCUUUACUAUACAUAAAUCAGUUACUCCUAAUCGUUCAGGAAUCUUUAAACAACAUAAUAUUAAGCUUAAACACAAAAUUUGACAUUUAAAUGCGUAUCUACUAAAAUUAAAGACAGAACACCAACCAUUAAAUUGCUUAGCAUAGUUAUACAGUUAUAUAUUUUUCUAUAUUGUACUUGACCAUAAUUUCAGUCCCCAAUGAUGAAUGCAUAAUUAUUCGAAAGCCCGGAGUAUAUAUUAAAAAGAGUAAAUUUUGGUGUUAAAUUUGCCACACUUAUUUUUUCAAUAAAACAUACUCGCACAAUGUUUGCCCAAAAAUUUCAUUUCAUUAAAUAUCUUUUUUAUAUUUUGCACGUAGUAAGUACGAUACGCAGUUGGGUGUCGUAUUGAACUUCAGUAAGAUACGCAUAAUUUGAAAUUAUUUUGACAGAAAUAGAUACUUUGUAGAUAGUAGAUAGGCAGUUGAAAGCUUUGAACACAACCUCAAAUUUCAGCUGUGAUUGUGUAUUUUUUCUUGUGUAUAUGAUCAAUUAUUGUAAAUUUGAAACGAGUAUUUUAAAUAAAUGUUGUUUUAUUAAACAGAA